GACGAUUGUGUGUGGCGUUAAAAUAAUUAUUAUUUAUCACGGUCUCAUCCUUUGUCCUGAAACAUUUAAAACUGGAAUCAAAACUUAUCUCCGUGCUAUCGAUAACUGCAAAAUAACCCGUUAACGUGUAAAUAAUCGGUGAAAUUGACAGGUGUCCCGUUCAUCCGUGUAAAGUGCGUUGAGUGAUUCCCGCAUAGUCGUUCGAGCAUGAAUAAUAAAGAAGUAACCGGUGAUAGCGUCGCGUGUCAACCGGGAGCGGUCUGGUGAUCGAGGCACAGUGUCGAGGCCGAGAGGUUGACCGUGUGAUGAGUCUGCGGUGACGGCGAGCCGCGGAGCGGUUGGAUGGCGGCUGUAAGCGGCCCCGCGCGGCACUCUCGCGUCUCCAUGAGUGUGUCCAUGCCCCUGAUGCAGGGCGGUACGCAGAGCGCGCCGCAGGGCGCCAUCCUGGCGGCGGCGGCGCCCUACUAUCAGACGCCGGCCAUACCGACCGACGUACAGCCCGACCGCCCCAUAGGCUACGGCGCCUUUGGUGUCGUAUGGGCAGUGACAGACCCGCGCGAUGGCCGCCGCGUCGCUCUCAAGAAACUGCCCAACGUUUUCCAGUCGCUCGUCUCUUCAAAACGUGUCUUCCGCGAACUGAAGAUGCUCUGCUUCUUUAAGCACGAGAACGUAUUAUCGGCGUUAGAUAUCCUCCAGCCACCAAGCCUCGACUUCUUCCAAGAAAUUUAUGUAAUCACGGAGCUCCUGCAGAGCGACCUGCACAAGAUAAUCGUGUCGCCCCAACACCUCUCCGCCGACCACAUCAAAGUCUUCCUCUACCAAAUACUCAGAGGGUUAAAAUAUCUUCACUCAGCUCGAAUCCUUCACCGAGACAUUAAGCCUGGCAAUCUGCUCGUAAAUAGCAACUGUGUGCUCAAGAUAUGUGACUUCGGUCUCGCCAGAGUAGAGGAGCCAGACGCCACGAAGAACAUGACCCAGGAAGUCGUCACGCAGUACUAUAGGGCGCCGGAAAUCUUGAUGGGCGCGAACCACUACACGGCCGCGGUGGACGUGUGGUCUGUGGGCUGCAUAUUCGGCGAGCUGCUCGGUCGACGCAUACUGUUUCAAGCUCAGAGUCCCGUGCAGCAGCUGGAGCUAAUAACCGAGCUGCUAGGCACUCCGUCGCUGGAGGACAUGCGGUACGCGUGCGCGGGCGCGCGUGCGCACAUGCUGCGCCGCGCGCCGCGACCACCCGCGCUCGCCGCGCUCUACACGCUGUCCGUGCAAGCCACGCACGAAGCGGUGCACUUGUUGGCACAGAUGCUGGUCUUCGAUCCGGCCAAACGUAUAUCAGUCGUGGACGCCCUCGCCCACCCGUACCUGGAGGAAGGUCGCCUGCGUUACCAUUCGUGCAUGUGUAAAUGCUGCUACAGCGCGCCCCCCGCAGCGCGACACUACUCGCCGGACCUGGAGCCCGUCGCGCCCCACGCCUUCCACGACGGCUGGGAGAGGAAACUUACUUCGGUUCAUCAGGUUAAAGAAGAGAUCCACAAGUUCAUAGCUGAACAACUUCAAACCUCGCGGGUUCCGCUCUGCAUCAACCCGCAGUCUGCGGCGUUCAAGAGCUUCGCAAGCUCGACCGUCGCGCACCCCUCGGAACUGCCGCCGUCGCCGCACCAGUGGGAAUGACGCGAGUCCAAGCGCGGCUUCGACAAGCGACGCGCCGUAUACAACGACACGCGAUAGCCGACGUUAUAUUCUAGCACGUAACGCUCAAUAUUCCAUGCCCAAUGUAGCUAUUUGUUUAAGGGUCGCUUCCGAUUUCAAGGUACCAGUGCAGACGAAGUGCUGUGGUAUGAUGAUUAUUGUACUCAUUAAAAUGGAGGUAGAAACAUCUUACUUAUAAAGUUUAUUAAUACAUUGUAACAAUGCUUUCUGUUAACGCAUUUCAUAUACGUAUGUGUAUCAGUAAAUCGAUAAUAAUCGUCUUUAAUUUGAAGUAAAUACUGAUUGAGGUUCACUUUAGAUAUUUGAAAGGAUGAUCGUAGCAUCUUGAUGUGCGUGUGACAUAUUAAUGUCAUGUUUCGCUCGGUGUGACUAUAGCUUUACAUUAGACGCUGUAUAUUUCAUGUGAGUCAUAUUAUUCGCAUUAAGUGCGUCACUGGACGAACAUUACGACUUGCUUAACACUUAUCUCGAUUAAUCGAUUAUUUGACAGAUAGAUAUCGAUAGCUUGAUAGUCGAUUCGCCUGUCAAAACGAUUACUAUAACGAAUGCGGAAGUGUUCAAUAUUUAUCUCCAUGACUAUUUAGUCACGAGGAAAAUACAAAAAGUAAGCAUUAUUUUGAUUGUAUUAUUUCUCCAAUUCGAAUCGACAUUCGAACUUUAACAGAGAUCGAUAUAAAACCAGGUGACAAGUCAUAAUCGUAAUAUCACGAUUCAUCUUCUAUGUGAUACGCGUAAUUUGCGUUCGAUGCGAUCAUCUAAUGAGUCGCCUUGCAAUAUUUGAAUCGCAUUAAUUGAAAUACAUUCUUAGGAUUCAUUAAUUUUGAUCGACGAUUAUAAUCGAUUUAAGACCUAUAUUCAUUAGUGAGAUGUGAGAACUUUUAACUAAAACUUCUACAUUACCAUCGUCAAAGUUGAAAUUGUAAAUCAGAUUUCCAAAAUGAAAAUACAUGGGGGUUAUAAAACGUUACUGUCCACUAUGACAAUGCGUUCGAAUUCGAAUGGACGUUGUAAUUUUGGAGUGGAGAACAAUUUAAAAUAGAAAAAUACAUACAAAUCGUAUAACCAUGUCAAAUUAAAAUAAAUUUUCUGAUUUGACGCUAUAAUUAAUUCAAAUUAAAUAAGACAACAAAUACAUUUUUUUAAUCCCAUUACAAUGUUACAAGAUUAUGUCAACUGUUUAUUGAUAACUGACGUUAGGAAUGUAUUUUCUCAGCGGUCGGACGUAAAUGGCUGGGCCUCGCGUUUAAAUUUGGAUCGUUAUAGUUUCACUAUCAAUGAGAUUUAUGGUUACUUCUUUUCACAUUAAGAUCGUAGCUUGGCCUUGCAUUACCUACAAUCUCAGAAAUAAUAAUUGAAAACUGACUUAUCGUCAUCCCGUCAGAUCAUACAUACUUCCACCUUUAUAAUACUAUGUUAGAUAUACGUAUAUUUGGCCAAUGUGGUUAAUGUUUGCAAAUACGCCAAUUACUAGUUUGAUUCUAUAUGUGUCCGAUCGCAAGAUUCUUAGAUCUUUGAAAAAAAAUGGUGACCAUAAAAACAGGAUGGAUAAUAUUCAUAUAAUUUCUAACAAAUGAUUAAAUGUGUUUAACCAAAAAUCACAAUCAACGUAAGAUCACUCCUGGUAUCAAAAAAUUAAGCUAUGUGCAUAUGUUUAAUUUACUUCGUCUAAACUAAUGUACACAGGACUUAAUGUUAUAGCAAAACUCUUAACAAAAACUUCGAAGAAGAAUGUUUAUUGAUUGGCAUUAACUUAAAUGAGAAAAAAUUAUAAUAAUUGUACUAAAAUGUGCGAUUUGAAUAACUCGUGAAACGUAUAAAAAUAGCUACCAAUUUUAAUGUGUACUGUUUCGAUUCUUAGGUUAGGUUUAGGCUACGGUUAGUUUGUGAAUAUAGCCUUAAGUUGUACCGGCUUGGGACGAUAAUCAUAGCGAAGGAAAUGAUGGAAUUCUAGCUCAGGUUAUAUUACAAUGUAUAGAUUAGCAGAUGUUUCAUCUCUGUCUCAUCUUAUAUAAAAAUAACGCUGUGCGUGAAAGAGAUAGAUGAUAUAAACGUUGAUUAAGAGAGAAAACAUUGUAAUAUAACGCAAGUUAGAUUUGAUACAACGAAAGAAUCGCAGAUUAACGUUAAAGGUAAUGCGAAAGAUUUGUUAAAAAAACUUGAUGUGAUGUUCAAUGUAACCGAUUGCUUUAUAUAUUGUAGGUAGGUAUAGUUAUACAUUCGAGGAUUUGUCACACCUAAACGACCAAGCGGAGCUUAAGUGUAAUUCUUUGGAAGCGGUAACGCUGCGGUCGAAAUCUGCGAAGAAUUGCGUCCUAAGAUAUAAACGAAGCCAAAUGGGACUUACUGUCGCUUGUCCGCUCAGGUGUGACCGAUUCCUUAUAUUUGCGAUUCUAUGUAGUAUACGCGUGUGUGUGCCUGACUGUAUGGACAUUGCAAGCAAUAAACGUUGCAAUAUAAUAUAGCGGUAUUGCAUUAAUUUUAUCGAUCAAUUUAAUAUGUUUUUUUUUGUGUUUUUUGUCUAUUUGAAGCCUCGUACAGAUUUCGGCUUCGUACUUAACUUAGAUCGCAGUCUCGUGCCAAUUCUGGAAUCUCGACAGACCGCAGUCUGUACGGAGCUUUACUUUUAUGAUAAGCUUACUCUAUACACCAUUGUAUGUAACAUUGACUGAACAUUUUUACGUAGUUAGGUUAGAUUAGAAUUUAUUAAAAAAUACCCGAAACACAAGGAAAUAGUAAGGAAAAAGUAUGUACUAUCUGCGCCGUAGUGUAUAUUAUUGUAUAGUGAUGUAACUUUAACUGAUACAUAUUGAAUUCAAGCAUUUAUAGUGUAUUAGACGUAUUACAUGUAACUGUGUGUUAGUGUGCGUGACACGAGUGUCGAGAUACGAUAUUUUCAUUUAUCGAUAUCGAUGUUUCCAUUUGUGUUUAAUUUAGUAUACGUUCUGCAUCACGCUGCUAACAUAAUAUAGCAUAGGGGAAACUGUGUGCAUGUCAAGAGACGUAGCCUUAAAACUAGUUCAAAGCUAUAUAAAAUAUAAUAAAAAAAAAAUUAAUAAAAAUAUGUAAAUAAAUGAGUAGUGUUAGUUAGGCUCUUAUAUCGAUUGAGCCUUUGUAAUAUCCCGCACGAUUAGGUUGGCGAGUUUGGUGUACGGUUACAAGGGAAAUUAAACCUUGUGGUAUUGAACAUAAGGGUCGGUUUAAUUAAAUCCGAGAUAUCGCAUGUAACGGUACAAUCAAAUUCGAUUGAUGGUACAAAAGGAAGCGUGUCUGCGUUCACUGAUAAGUACACGCACUAUGAUAUGAUCAAUUCAAACAGAUGUAUCAUUUACUAGACUAUUAUUUUUAGUAUUAUAUUGAAUAGUGAAAAUUAAUCAUUUUAUAUAAGAACUUUUUGCAAACAGAAUAUUUUUUGGCGGCAAUUUGAAUAUGGAACAUUUUGGCGAUGCCUUUAUUGGAACUGGUAUGAAAUUUAUUUACAAGAAUUCCCUAAUACAUUAUGAAUUAAAUAUUCCGAUCGUCUACUAGUUCGGAAAGUAAAUUAAAAACUGAGAAGUCAUAUUCAGUUCCAAACGAAACUCCACCCUCUUUUAACCCUGGUGUCGAACAUCUACUAAUCUCGAUGAUAUUUUUUUUACAUCGUGAUAUCGAAUUUAUCACGAUUUUAGUUUGCCGUCUAGUAUUUUUC